UAACUCCUUUUUCGCACCGAGUGGAAGUGAAGUGUGGAAUAGCCUAGAAUAGCAAAAGAGCGAGUCAGUGCAGUGUGUUGUAGCAUAUAUAAGGUGUUGUUGCUAUUUCUAUUAUUUCAGUGACCCCUAAUUAUGAUGGAGGAAUUGAACAAACCAAUGGACGGAUCAGCAACCAGCUGGUUAUCCGAUUUGGAAAUGGAUGAUUACAAUUUAUUUCCAGAUGAAUGUCCCUUGAACUUGAACAUGUUUGAUGACCGAGAGUUUCUCUCACAAGACAUUGCUAGUGCCUUCCAAGAACAGACACAGACCUUGCAACAGCAAUCUUUGUCUUCAGAGUGCCCUUCCAAAACUGUGAGCAACUCAUCCACCGAUGAAACCAUCUUUGACUUUGAGAGACCAUCCAAGUUGCUGAAAACGACAACAAGCACUAGUUCUAACUUUGACUCAUCCACCAUCACCAAAACCCUUUCCCCCAAACUUUCCCCAUCAUCUUCCUUUCAAUCUCAGAUUCUCUCUUUUGACAACACCAACACCCAGUUUUAUGAGUUUCACUGUACCUUAAACCCAACACAGAACGAGAUGGUAUCGGUGUCAGUGCCCCAAAAGGGAAAACCACGGUUCCCAACUCAAACCCCAAAAGGGUCACCGAAAUAUCAAAACUUUGAAACAAAAACCUCUCAUGCUAAGAGGUCUCCUGCUCAUGCUCAAGAUCACAUCAUGGCUGAGAGAAAGCGAAGAGAGAAACUCAGCCAGAGCUUCAUUGCUCUUGCAGCCCUUGUUCCUGGCCUAAAGAAGAUGGACAAGGCUUCUGUGUUAGGGGACGCUAUCGAAUAUGUGAAAGAGCUUAAAGAGCGGUUGACAGUUCUUGAAGAGCAGAGCAAGAAAACAAGGGCAGAAUCGAUAGUGGUUCUGAACAAGCCAGACCUCUCUGGUGAUAAUGAUUCUUCUUCAUGUGACGAGAGCAUUGAUGCUGAUAGUGUCAGUGACUCACUGUUUGAAGUGGAAUCAAGAGUAUCAGGGAAGGAGAUGCUGCUCAAGAUCCACUGCCAGAAGCAAAGGGGACUUUUGGUCAAGUUACUGGCUGAGAUUCAAAGUAAUCACUUAUUUGUUGCUAAUAGCAGUGUCCUACCCUUUGGUAAUUCUAUCCUUGACAUUACCAUUGUUGCUCAGAUGGGAGAAAGUUACAAUUUGACCACUAAGGAACUUGCCAAGAAUCUACGCGUGGCUGCAUUGAAGAUAUUGUCAUAACAUGAACGUGGCUUGAGUAUGGAGAAUACCCUCAUGGCAUAUGGCAUGGAUAUUGAAACUCUGAAUCACAUUUAAUGCCCCAGCCACCGAGUAAAUCACACCCAAAAUGGAAGCCUUGUUAUUAAUGUGUGAUUUCUGCUACAACCUGCAGUGUUCCCCAAUAUGUAGAUUCAGCUUGACCCCAAAUGAUCUUGUCUUCUUCGUGUUAUGUUUUGGUUUCUGAGGCCUUCAGUGUGUGCCUGCUAGAGAGGGAAAAAUAAUUGAAUAAUUUUGUAGAGAUAUUAGGAAUAAUUUCAAUCUGACAUGUCUUAAUUAAGAUUUUAAUUGAGUUGAUUAAACAGAAUGGAUGAGUUGUUUAAUUUCUAUGAAUAAAAAAAAUCUGACACGGCUUAAUUAACAUUAGCUUAAACAGAGGUUAUAAGCUGGAUAAUGAUGACCAAUAACAUUGACAGUUUUUUA